AUGACUCUGCUUGGUGCAUCACCUGGUCGGUCCGGACCAAACGACUCAGCAUUCAUCUCAACAGCAGCAGCAGCCACUACAACAUCAUCUCCACCAACACCAAUAGAUAGUGAAUCAAUUGCAAAGGCCACUGAUCUGUUGAAAGGCCAUAUGAUGCCCAAUAACAACAUCAACAAUAUACAUUAUAAUGGCUCACAUGACAUUGGCACAACAGACUUGUAUAAUCUAAUGCAAGAUAUUGUUAUCAACAAGUUGGUGAUCGAUCUGCGACCGAGCGAUCAGUGGAAACAAUGCCAUAUCCGAGACUCUGUAAAUCUACCGGCACCAACCAAGGACAUCCUAUUGGCCAACCAGCAACAACAGCUGCACAGUCUGAGGAGCAGCGCGGACAAUGCCCGCGUUCCCACCGACUUUGACUUCAACAUUACCAAAUACAUCGCCAGCUACACCGGCGUAAAGUACUGGAACCUGGUGUUCCAGCAGGUUGUAGUCAUAUCCGAUGGGCGAUUCACCAAGGACAUCAACCAGGCCAACAUCGACCUGCAUCAGUCGGGCGACUGUCAUCCCUUUCGAAUCGACUCUGACAACUGGGACAAUCAUGUACUUCACUAUCUGAUCGCGCGUCGUAAGAAGGCGCAGAUCGCCAUCUAUCACGCAGGCUUUAGCGCCUAUCAACACAAGUACCCAUUCCUAUGUCAGGCUGGCACCGAUCAGCCCUCCAAGCAGAGUGCACGCGAGCGCCAAGUCUACCCGACCGAGGUUCUCGAGGACUUCCUCUAUCUGGGGUCUUAUGAGAAUGCCUCCUCCGUCUCCCAACUCAAACAGCUAAUCAACAUGGCAGUGGAGUUGGAAGACUGUUUCCCUCAUAUGUUCAAGUAUUAUAGAGCAGACCUGAAGGAUAACUUCACGGCAGACCUUACAUCACAUUUCCCGGCAAUCUAUCAGUUCAUACAUGAGGCACGAGUCAGGAAUGAGCGUGUACUAGUACAUUGUGCGAUGGGCGUCAGCCGUAGUACUGCCGCCGUCAUCUCCUACCUGAUGAAAGAGUACAGAUAUAGUUACGACCAUUCGCGGGCGUUCAUCAAAGAGAAGAGGUCUAUCAUACAGCCCAACUUCUCAUUCGUCAAGGCACUGAAGGCAUACGAGCAACAACUUGGUAUAGGAUCUGGCAAUGGCCCUACGGCCACCAUCAGUCUGCGAUCAUCUGGCAACAACAUCACUCCGGCAGGACCCAUCAUACUCAACAGUGAUGGUCUGAUCAUGACCAGUAAACUGCCAAUAGCUUCACUGUGA